AAAGCAGCCGAGUUGGCACCGACGCCUGAACAUACACUUAAACACUCUCAAACACGCCACGAAUAACCGCCGUUUGGACUUCCAGGCGUGACGCGGAUGUACAGAACCGGUUUGCGAGGAGGCCGGAGCGCUCGGCAGCACUGGCGUUGCAGAAUAGAGCCAAGAAUCCCAUGAGCCGCUGCUGACAAGACGGGAGAAGGAAAGCAGAAAGCCGGUGGUGGGGAGGCUUUCGGAGGCUGCGGCUUCUGCUUCCCGGAGAAAAGCCAUGCCGCUGGUAAUCUGGCUGCUGGGACUCAUGUGUCACCUUGCUGGACUCGCCUGGAGCUUGCACAUGCAUCGACUGCACCCAAAGCAAGAAAGUUUUAUCAAGCAGCUGUCCGCGUACGAAAUAGUAACGCCGGUUCGCCUGAACGAUUUCGGCGAGUCGUUCCCCCAGCAGCGGCACUACCGGCGCAGGCGCAGGAGCGCGGACUCGGACCUGCGCGCGCACUACCGCAUCGAGGCGUUCGGCGAGCGCUUCCACCUGAACCUGAGCGCCGACGCGUCCUUCAUCGCGCCGUCGUACGCAGUGACGCACCUGGGCGCGCCGGAAAGCCGAGGAGGACACGACCCCGGGGACAUGCGACACUGUUUCUUCCAAGGACACGUCAAUGGACAACGCCAGCACCGCGCCGUCUUCAGCCUGUGCACCGGCCUGAUUGGUACAUUUACAACCUUCAAUGGCGAAUACUUCCUAGAACCUUUAAUGGUAGCUGAUGAGGAGCAGAAUGAGGAAGAACACAAUAAACCUCAUCUGGUAUACAAACAUGAAAGGAAGAAGAACAACAGCAAUACGUCUGAGCCUUGUGCAUCUUCAGAUCACAUAAAAGAUGAUAAUCAUUUCCAUAGCAAUGGAAGCAUGGAAGAAAAGGUCAAGUCGGUAUGGGAAAGCAUAGACAAACGUCUGCCUGGCAUACAACAGUCAACCUCCUCAAAUCAUUCCAGUGGCAGCAGGAGAAAACGCUUCCUAUCUUAUCCACGGUUCGUGGAACUGAUGGUCACCGCAGAUGCCAAGAUGGUGCGGCACCACGGACGCAAUCUGGAACACUACAUUCUAACGAUCAUGUCAGUAGUAGCUGCUGUUUAUAAAGAUCCCAGUGUUGGAAACCUCAUUAAUAUCAUGAUUGUUAAACUGAUCAUUAUUCACAAUGAGCAGGAAGGCCCAAGUGUCAACCGCUAUGCUGCUGCAACGCUACACAACUUUUGUGUGUGGCAACACAGUCAGAAUAUUCUGGAUGACAGUCAUCCUUCACAUCAUGACACUGCUCUGCUUAUCACCAGGGAGGAUAUCUGCCGGGAAAAAGACAAGUGUGACACAUUAGGUCUGGCAGAGCUGGGUACAAUGUGCGACCCAUACCGGAGCUGCUCCAUCAGUGAAGAGAAUGGUCUGAGCUCCUCCUUCACCAUUGCCCAUGAGUUGGGCCAUGUCUUUAACAUGCCUCACGACAAUCACCCAAAGUGCCGGGAAGCAGGAAUGAAAAAUCAGUAUCACGUCAUGGCCCCAACUCUGAACUAUGACACCAGCCCAUGGUCCUGGUCCAAGUGCAGCCAAAAGUACAUCACAGAGUUUUUAGAUACUGGUUAUGGGGAAUGUUUGUUGGAUGAACCAGUUGGCAGAUCCUACGAUCUCCCUGUCAAGCUCCCGGGUCAAAUCUACAACGCUAAUCGGCAGUGUGAACUUAUGUUUGGACCAGGCUCCCAAGUCUGCCCAUUCAUGAGACAGUGUAAGAGGCUCUGGUGCACCAGCGCUGAAGGGGACCAUAAAGGAUGCCGAACACAACACAUGCCCUUGGCUGAUGGAACUGAGUGUGGACAUGGCAUGCACUGUAGGCAUGGUAAAUGCGUGAACAGAGAGCUGGAGUCGAAGCCGGUGCAUGGUGAAUGGGGAACAUGGGGACCCUACAGUGCGUGUUCCAGGACCUGUGGUGGUGGUACACGGAGCACGUCUAGAGACUGCAACAAUCCUGAACCAAGGAAUGGAGGGCGCUUUUGCGUGGGACGCCGCAUGAAAUUCCGCUCGUGUAACACAGAACCAUGUCCAAGGGGCCGACGAGACUUUAGAGAGGAGCAGUGCUUACAGUUUGAUGGGAAGCAUUUCAACAUAAGUGGCCUACCUUCUACUGUCCGCUGGGUUCCCAAAUACAGUGGCAUCCUCAUGAAGGAUCGAUGUAAGCUGUUCUGUCGUGUUGCUGGGACGAUGGCCUACUACCAGCUACAAGAUCGAGUGGUUGAUGGAACUCCUUGUGGUCCAGACACCUAUGACAUCUGUGUUCAAGGCCUUUGCAGGCAAGCAGGUUGUGAUCAUGUUUUGAACUCCAAGGCCAGGAAUGAUAAGUGUGGAGUGUGUGGAGGGGACAACUCCUCCUGUAGGACUAUCGCCGGUACUUUCAACAAUGCACAAUAUGGUUAUAAUGUUGUGGUUCGAAUCCCAGCUGGUGCAACCAACAUUGAUAUAAGGCAGGUCAGCUACUCAGGAACUCCAGAAGAUGACAACUACCUCGCUCUUUCUGACGGCCAGUCAAACUUCCUGCUGAAUGGGAACUUUGUCGUGUCAAUGUUUAAAAGGGAAAUCUCCUUAAGAGGAACACAAAUUGAGUACAGUGGCUCAAACACCACAGAGGAGCGCAUCAACUGCACUGAGCGCAUGGAAGAGGAGCUUAUUUUACAGGUGCUGUGUGUAGGGAACUUGUAUAGCCCUGAUGUACGUUAUUCCUUUAACAUUCCUAUAGCGAAUCACCAAGAGCAGUUUAUGUGGGACCUGUCGGGCCCCUGGCAGGAGUGCAGCCGCAUGUGCCAAGGAGAGCGGCGGAGAAAACCAGUGUGUGUACGUAAGAGUGAUCGCCUGGUGGUGUCAGAUCAGAGAUGUGAACAACUUCAUCGACCAAGGGGGGUUAUGGAGCCCUGCAAUAUAGACUGUGACCUUAGAUGGCACGUAGCGGGUAAAAGUGAGUGCUCCACUAAGUGUGGCCCUGGGCAUCGUACGCUAGAGGUGCUGUGUAUGCGCUACAGCCGUGUGAAGCGAGGGAGUGACCGAGUGGAAUCUCGAGCAUGUGGUGAUCUGGCUAAACCUCAGAACCGUGAGCCCUGCCAUGGAGACUGUCUCCUGAAAAGCUGGCAGUACAGCACAUGGUCUCAGUGUUCUAAGAGUUGUGGGCGUGGCACCCGCACACGUGACUCCUACUGUAUGAAUAACCUCGGCCAGCGGCUGGCAGAGCAUGAGUGUAGCGAGCACCAGAGAGUUGUCUCUGAACCUUGUAAUGACACGCCAUGUCCUGACUGGUCCAUCAGUGAGUGGACAGAGUGCACAGUGACGUGUGGGAAGGGGGUGAGGCGCAGACAGGUAUCCUGUGUUUUGGCAGAGGAGAGGCUCAGCGAUGAUCUCUGUGAUCCCACUAGCAGACCCCGCACCAUAAGCAGCUGUGUGCUAUCGGAGUGUGCUUCCUGGCAAGUUGGUGCCUGGAGCACGUGUGCUGUGACAUGUGGCCAUGGCUACCAAAUGCGGGCAGUCAGGUGUGUGUCUGGUUCUUAUGGCAAGACCAUGGAUGACAGAGAGUGUAAUGCAGCGUCAAGACCACGAGAUAGCCAGGAAUGUGAUUUGCCAGCCUGUCCCAGAACAUCAUCAGCAAUCAGCACACCACGACCUGCAGCAUCUGGACACUUACAUACACAGUGGAGAUUUGGAUCCUGGACAACAUGCUCUGUCUCCUGUGGGAAGGGUGAGAGAGCACGGUAUGUCAGCUGCAGAGACUCUCAAGGACGAAUAGCUGAUGAAGCUUACUGCGCCCAUCUUCCUCGACCUCCAGAAACCUCUGUGUGCUUUAGCCCCUGUGGCCAGUGGAGAGAGGGAGAGUGGUCACCUUGCUCUGUGUCAUGUGGUGUGGGUCGUGCUACUCGACAGGUGGUGUGUAUGAACUACAACCAGCAACUGGAUGAAUCUUUUUGCCAUUUGGAUGAGAAGCCCAGCUCGGAGAAGGAGUGUGUCGCUGCCCCGUGCCACUCAGUUUACCAGCUAUGGCCCAAUAACCAGCCCUACUUACCCCCUGACCCUCGCAGCCAUCCAGGACACAAUAGUUGGAAUGUCCCGUCAACAGACCACCAGUGGAGGACUGGGCCCUGGGGAUCAUGUUCCAGUACAUGUGAGGGGGGCUUCCAGAGGAGAGUGGUAGUGUGUCAGGACUCAGAAGGCCGCAGCACAAAUUACUGCGAUGAGAGAGUCAAGCCUAGUGAAGCAAAGAGCUGUGACUCAGGACCUUGUCCUCUGUGGAACUAUGGCAUCUGGGGAGAGUGCAGUCUGUCAUGUGGUGGAGGGCAGCGAACACGGCUAGUAGUGUGCCAGCGUACGAAUGGGCAGAGGCUAAACGAGCACAACUGUGACAUGCUGGACAAACCUCCUGAUGUGGAGCGGUGCAACAUGCAGCCGUGUCCCGGCAGCGCUUCCUGGCACAGGCGACCAUGGAAGCCGUGCUCUGUGACUUGUGGAAAGGGAAACGUGGAAAGGGAACUGGUCUGCGUUUACCGUAACCAGACUGAAACAAAAGAAGAACACUGUGCACAUCUUCCCCGACCGAGGACAAGCAAAGUUUGCAGGGCAGGACCGUGUCCCAGCUGGAAAACCACCAAGUGGCAAGCGUGCUCAGUCACUUGUGGGGUUGGAGUGCAAAAACGUGACGUGUACUGCAGGUUGAAAGGCAAAGGUCGUGUAGGAGAAGACCUGUGUGAUGCUCGUCUGCGUCCAAGCACUUUGCAGCAGUGUUUGUUUCCUGAGUGUCAGGCCUAUAGCUGGUUAGCCAGUGAGUGGCAAGAGUGUAACGCUACAUGUGGAGAAGGUAUUAGACAUAGGACAGUUCUGUGUGUGGAUGGAGUGAAGAAUCUAGUCUCUGAGAGUCUCUGUGACCCCUCAAGCAGACCUGAACUUUAUCAGCCCUGCAUUAGCACCCCCUGUCAGUACGUCUGGGUAACUGCAACAUGGACACAGUGCUCUGUGAGUUGUGGUGUGGGUUACCAGCAGAGGAUAGUGUCAUGCACAGCAGUACCUUCUGCUCCCAACCUGCAGGUGUUUGGUGCUCAGUCUUAUACCCAGGUUUUGCCUUCUAAGUGCCCACAGCCUCCUCCACCGAACACCCAGCCAUGCCAGCUCCCACUAUGCCCACUAUCUGUGUACUGGAAAGCUGGUCCAUGGAGCAAGUGUUCUCAGACAUGUGGUGAUGGAGUGAUGCAGAGGACAGUGGAGUGUCUCACUGAUCAGCAGCUCCCCUCUAAAAACUGCUCGUUAUCCACCCGACCUCAUUCUCAGGCAGCAUGCAGACAGAGACAUUGUGAACUGGCCUCCAACUGCAAAGAGCUACAGAUGAGAGAAGGUAUAAGAAAAGAUGGCGAACAUCACCUCAGAGUUAAAUCGAAAGUUCUCCAGAUUUACUGUGCAGACAUGCAGACCAGCUUUCCAAAGGAGUAUGUGACUCUACGCAGCGGCCACACUGACAAUUACUCAGAGGUGUAUGGAUACAGACUGAACAACCCCUUUGAGUGUCCGCAUAAUGGCAGCAGACGUCAGGACUGUGCUUGCAGAAAUGACUAUCCAGCAAUGGGCUACACUCUCUUCCACAGAGUGAGACUGGACCUCAAAACUAUGCGAAUAAUCACCACAGACGUGCAGUUUUCUAAAACCCUUCUUGGCCACCCUGUUCCGUUCGGCAGUGCUGGAGACUGUUACAGUGCUGCUAGAUGCCCUCAGGGUCAGUUCAGCAUCAAUCUGACUGGGACAGGACUAAAAGUGGCUGAGUUAACUAAGUGGGUGCCCCAAGGCAACUAUGUCUCGAUCAAAGUCCAUCGAUCAGAGGAUGCAACACGUGUCUACGGGCGCUGUGGAGGAUUCUGUGGAAAGUGUCUGCCUCAUCCUCAUACUGGCCUUCUUGUCCAGAUCCAGUGAAUGACACUCAAGUCAAGCCUGCAAGUGCAUAGCUGCAAACUUCCACCAGGGCCUUGGCAUUGGUGGAAUGUUUCUUUUGUGAAAAAUGGUCACAUGCACUAGACCACAUGAAUGCACAUGAAGAACUGUUGGUCUGUACAUGCAAACGUAUUUUACAUGCAUAUGACUACUGUGGUUUGCCUUGAAAGUGUACUGAGGCCUCAAGUCUUUCUUUAAUGGAAAAUCAGUGUCUUGCACACUCUGUGUUGCUCUUUUGCAACUCUGGUUAAUAAUCAGGACUGCAGUGAGACACAGCUCAAUAUUCCCUCCAAAAUCACCAGAAGUGUCAUGUCCUCCCUCGAGCACUCACAAGCACAGCGUCUGUGCUGUCUCAGAACUGUAGACGAGAUGUGUCGAAAUUUAGUAACAAAAUAUUCCAUGCACUGUUAUUUUGUGCCUGCCCAUUUUCAAUAUUAGAGUACGAUCAAUUAGUAGGAAAUAUUUUUCAGCAUUCUUUUAGCUCCCAAUUUAAAUCCUGUCCUAUCUUAAAGGCACCAUGAGAAUCUUUUCUGAAAAUGUUAGUCAAUUCUUAAGUCAAAUUUACCACAUAAGAGUUUCUUUAAACCUUGUUAAAGAACCCGCACUCUGACCGAUGAAGAAAUGGCAUAAAGCUGUGAUUAUAGGUGAGACAGUUAUUGCAGCAGAAACAUUUAUUAGCAGUACAUGCAUACUGGAAAACAGACCCUUUCGUUCAGGGUGAGGGUUUUAUAGAAUAUUGUAACCUCUCUUGUCUUGUUAUAAGACAGACUCAUCUCAUACCGCAAAGUAUUUAUACCUAACCAGGACAAACAGCAGAAGUGUAGUCGGUCAGUAUGCAAAUACGCUGACCAAAGUGAAUGUUUAAAACAAUGAAAGUUUUCAUUAGAAACUUUUCAAAUAAGUUU